AGAGGAACCUGCACAAUGGGGAUCUCCACGGUCAUCUUCCAAAUAUGUCUUUUAUGGGGUCAAGUUCUUUCUUCAGCUUCUCAAACAGCCUAUCCAACAACUGGAACAGGGUUUGAUUUUGCUGUGAGGCUGGUGAAUGGAGGAGACCGGUGUCAGGGUCGCGUGGAGAUCUUUUACCAGGGUUCCUGGGGCACCGUGUGUGACGACGGCUGGGACAUAAAUGAUGCCAAUGUGGUGUGCAGACAGCUGGGCUGUGGCUGGGCCGUGUCUGCCCCUGGAUACGCCCAGUUUGGACAGGGCUCUGGGCCCAUUAUCCUGGAUGAUGUGGCUUGCUCAGGGUACGAGUACUAUCUGUCGAGCUGCUCCCACCAAGGGUGGCACUCCCACAACUGUGGACACCAGGAGGAUGCUGGAGUCAUCUGCUCAGAUUCUCAAGCAAGCUAUUCAACACCUGAGCCGACCACUCCAGAGCCUUUCACCAGCCCAGAGGUGACCACCACUCCUCCUGAUACAACAGUAGGGCUUGAUUUCGCUGUGAGGCUGGUGAAUGGAGGAGACCGGUGUCAGGGUCGCGUGGAGAUCUUUUACCAGGGUUCCUGGGGCACCGUGUGUGACGACAGCUGGGACACCAAUGAUGCCAAUGUGGUGUGCAGACAGCUGGGCUGUGGCUGGGCUGUGUCUGCCCCCGGAAACGCCCGGUUUGGACAAGGCACAGGGCUCAUCGUCCUGGAUGACGUGGCCUGUACAGGGCACGAGUACUAUCUGGCAAGCUGCUCCCACCGAGGCUGGCUCUCCCACAACUGUGGACACCCGGAGGACGCUGGAGUCAUCUGCUCAUAUUCUCAAGCAAGCUAUUCAACACCUGAGCCGACCACUCCAGAGCCUUUCACCAGCCCAGAGGUGACCACCACUCCUCCUGAUACAACAGUAGGGCUUGAUCUCCCUGUGAGGCUGGUGAAUGGAGGAGACCGGUGUCAGGGUCGCGUGGAGAUCUUGUACCAGGGUUCCUGGGGCACCGUGUGUGACGACAGCUGGGACACCAAUGAUGCCAAUGUGGUGUGCAGACAGCUGGGCUGUGGCUGGGCUGUGUCUGCCCCUGGAAACGCCCGGUUUGGACAAGGCACAGGGCCCAUCGUCCUGGAUGACGUGGCCUGCAGAGGGUACGAGUAUUAUUUGGCAAGCUGCUCCCACAGAGGCUGGCUCUCCCACAACUGUGGACACCAAGAGGACGCUGGCGUCAUUUGCUCAGCUUCUCAAUCAAGCUAUACAACGCCUUAUUAUCCAUACCAAGAUCCAACAAUGAAUGAUGUUAUCUAUGAGACUACAAGCGGGACAGAAGAGAUCACCACUCCAGAGCCGACUACCACUGAAGUGCCGCCCAGCACUCUCCCAAUAGGAACAGAAAUUGAUUUGUUUGUGAGGCUGGUGAAUGGAUCAGACAGUUGUCAGGGUCGUGUGGAGGUCUUGUACCAGGGUUCCUGGGGCACCGUGUGUGACGACGGCUGGGACAUAAAUGAUGCCAAUGUGGUGUGCAGACAGCUGGGCUGUGGCUGGGCGGUGUCUGCCCCAGGAUACGCCUGGUUUGGACAGGGCUCUGGGCCCAUUGUCCUGGAUGAUGUGGACUGCAGAGGGUACGAGUACCAUCUGGCAAGUUGCUCCCACCGAGGCUGGCUCUCCCACAACUGUGGACACCACGAGGAUGCUGGCGUCAUCUGCUCAGCUUCUCAAUCAGCCUAUCCAACACCUGAUUAUCCAUACCAAGAUCCAACAAUGAAUGAUGUUAUCUAUGAGACUACAAGCGUGACCCCUGAAGCUGAUACAUCGCCAUAUUCGACUGUUGCUGAUUGGUUUACUGAAACUCCUGACACUGUAAACUAUACCUGCGGAGGUUUCCUGACUGGGUACUCUGGUAUCAUUUCUAGUCCAUUCUAUCCCGGGAAUUAUCCCAAUUACGCCAGAUGUGUGUGGAACAUUUUGGUCCCAACCAACAACUACGUGUCUCUAAACUUCAUGGAUGUGCAGCUGGAAGGAGGCUGCAGCUUUGACUACAUCCUGCUUUUUGAUGGCCCUGAAUACAAUUCUUCUCUCAUUGCUCGCGUUUGUGAUGGGGCCCAUGGAACUUUCACCUCCACACGGAACUUCAUGUCUGUAGUCUUCAUCACUGAUGUCAGUGUCACCAGGACAGGGUUCCAGGCUAGCUACGUCUCUGUCUAUGUCCCUUCCACCACCUCUGAGCCAACAACCACUCCCAGUCCAGUUUGGUGGACCACAACAACUCCUUACUAUGUCAACUAUACCUGCGGAGGUUUCCUGACCCAACCUUUUGGGAACUUUUCCAGUCCAUUCUACCCCGCGAACUAUCCUAACGAUGCCAGAUGUGUGUGGAACAUUGAGGUCCCGAACAACUACCGUGUGACUCUGGUCUUCAGAGAUGUGCAGCUUGAGGGGGGCUGCAGCUACGACUACAUUGAGAUCUUCGAUGGUCCCCACCACAGUUCUCCUCUCAUCGCUCGCGUUUGUGAUGGGGCCCUGGGCUCGUUCACGUCCACAUCCAACUUCAUGUCAGUGCGCUUCAUCAGUGACCACAUUAUUACCCGGAGAGGGUUCCAGGCCGAGUACUACUCAGACUUUGCCAAUAAUAUCACCAGUCUCCUCUGUUUGUCAAAUCACAUGCGAGCCAGUGUGAGCAGGAGCUACCUUCAGUCCAUGGGCUAUUCUGCCGGAGAGCUUGUCAUUCCUGGUUGGAAUUCAAGCUACCAGUGUCGGUCCCAGAUAACACAGAGGCAGGUCAUAUUCACAAUUCCCUACACGGGCUGUGGCACUACCAAACAGACUGACAACGAGACCAUCAACUACUCCAACUUCCUCAAAGCGGCGGUUUCGAAUGGCAUCAUCAAGAGGAAGAAGGACCUCCACAUCCAUGUGAGCUGCAAGAUGCUUCAGAACACCUGGGUCAACACCGUCUACAUCACCAACAACACCGUCGAGAUCCAAGAAGUCCAGUAUGGCAAUUUUGAUGUGAACAUCUCCUUUUAUACAUCCUCCUCCUUCCUGUAUCCAGUGACCAGCAGCCCAUACUACGUGGAUCUGGACCAGAACUUGUACCUUCAGGCUGAAAUCCUCCAUCCUGAUUCCUCCCUGGCCUUGUUUGUGGACACCUGUGUGGCUUCACCAUACCCUAAUGACUUCUCAUCUUUGACAUAUGAUCUCAUCCGGAGUGGAUGCGUGAGAGAUGAAACUUACCAACUCUACUCCUCACCGUCGCCACGCAUUGCCCGCUUCAAAUUCAGUUCCUUCCACUUCUUGAACCGCUUCCCCUCGGUGUAUCUGAAGUGUAAACUGGUGGUGUGCAGAGCCUAUGAUUUCUCUUCCCGGUGCCAGAGAGGCUGUGUGGUGAGGUCCAAGAGAGACGUCGGCUCCUACCAAGAAAAGGUGGACGUUGUCCUGGGACCCAUCCAGUUGCAAUCCCCCAACAAAAAUAAGAGGAGCCUGGACUUGGCAGUGAAGGAUGUGGAGAAGCCAGUUAACUCCCAGGCGGCCUAUCCCACUGCUGCCAUCUUUGGUGGAAUCUUCCUGGCCGUGGUCCUAGCUGUGGCUGCCUUCACGCUGGGAAGGAAGACACGCGGUGCCCGUGGCCAACCUCCAAGCACUAAGAUGUGAAGCAAAGCGCACCCAGGCAUUGAUUCUACAUGCCCAGAUUCCCGGAAAAGACAGAAGGAAUGAGCCUGUGAUGCUUUGCACCCGGAUACACUGCGGCUAGGUUUUCCCUUAGCAUGAAUGCAUGGCAAAGUAUGUUGAGACGGCAGAGGAAAAAGGUGGGGCCCAAGUUCCCCCAGGGUCUACAGGCUGAAGGCUGGGAAGGACAUAGCAGAACGAGACCACUGUCGACAACCCCCCACACCUAGGAGCCAAACACUGGAGCAGCAGUGAUUUCUCUAGCUAGUUCCCCUUCCCCAUUUUAUGGCCAACUUUCUCAACCUGUAGUGUCAAUCAAUCUCAGUCUGUCCUCAUAAUGAGGCAAACUAAAUAAAGACUUUUUCAAGGCAA